AUCUCUCGAUUUCGAGCUGUAUCAUCAACUAGCUAGGGUUCCUUAAUUGCUCCCUGCUUUUGGUUUCUAUCGUUUGAGGUUCUUUAUUUUUGCGGAUAAGAAGGAUAAAGUUAUCGUUUAUUGAUAAGUUUUCUACUGGGAAGUUGCAACUUUUUCUAGAUUUAGGACGUUACAAAUUUCAAUCAUGAGUGCAUCAUGGGCAGAUGUGGCUGAUUCAGAGAAGGCCGGUUCUAAGCCAAAGACUUCUUACGUUCCCCCACACCUACGGAACAGGCCAUCAGAGCCUGUUGCUGCUCCUUUGCCACAAAAUAAUCAUGCAGGGUAUGGUGCUCAACCAGCUGGGUCUCGAUGGGCUCCUCCUAGCAGUGGGGGUGGUGGUGGCAGCGGCGGUGCCUAUAGGAAUGAUGGAGGACGCCCUGGCUAUGGUUAUGGUGGUGGAGGAGGAGGUGGUGGCUGGAACAACAGAAGUGGAGGGUGGGACCGUAGGGAACGUGAAGUAAACCCAUUUGGAGAUGAUGCUGAGUUAGAACCGGUCUUUACGGAGCAGGAGAAUACAGGCAUUAAUUUUGAUGCCUAUGAAGAUAUUCCAGUUGAGACCAGUGGGGGAGAUGUGCCUCCUCCUGUUAACACAUUUGCAGACAUAGAUCUUGGGGAUGCAUUAAAUCUGAACAUCCGGAGGUGCAAGUACGUGAGGCCAACACCGGUACAGCGUCAUGCUAUUCCAAUACUGCUUGCAGAGAGGGAUUUGAUGGCCUGUGCACAGACAGGGUCUGGGAAGACAGCUGCUUUUUGCUUUCCAAUAAUUAGUGGAAUCAUGAAAGAUCAGCAUGUAGAAAGACCCCGUGGUUCACGGGCGGUUUACCCUUUUGCAGUCAUCCUCUCACCAACAAGGGAAUUGGCAUGCCAGAUACAUGAUGAAGCCAAAAAAUUCUCCUACCAAACUGGUGUGAAGGUUGUUGUUGCUUAUGGAGGAACACCUAUUCACCAGCAGCUCAGGGAACUCGAGAGGGGUGUUGAUAUCCUUGUGGCAACUCCUGGCCGGUUAAAUGAUUUGCUAGAGAGAGCUAGAGUCUCAAUGGAGAUGGUUAAAUUUUUAGCUCUAGAUGAGGCAGACAGGAUGCUGGACAUGGGUUUUGAGCCACAAAUUAGAAAGAUUGUUGAACAGAUGGGCAUGCCUCCACGUGGGGUGAGACAAACAAUGUUGUUCAGUGCUACAUUUCCAAGUGAGAUCCAGAGACUUGCAGCUGAUUUCAUGUCAAACUAUAUAUUUUUGGCUGUGGGAAGAGUUGGUUCAAGCACUGAUUUAAUUACCCAAAGGGUUGAGUUUGUCCAAGAGUCUGACAAGAGAAGCCAUCUCAUGGACCUGCUUCACGCGCAGAGAGAGACCCAAGACAAGCAAUCAUUGACAUUGGUUUUUGUGGAGACAAAGAGGGGAGCUGAUACUUUGGAAAAUUGGCUGUGCAUGAAUGAGUUUCCAGCAACCUCCAUUCAUGGCGAUAGAACACAACAGGAAAGAGAAGUGGCACUGAGGUCCUUCAAAACUGGGAGAACACCUAUUUUGGUUGCAACAGACGUGGCAGCACGUGGUCUUGACAUUCCCCACGUGGCUCAUGUUGUAAACUUUGAUCUACCAAAUGACAUCGAUGACUAUGUCCACCGUAUCGGACGAACAGGACGUGCCGGCAAAUCUGGAAUAGCAACUGCCUUCUUCAACGAGAACAAUGCACAAAUGGCUAGGUCGCUUGCUGAGCUGAUGCAAGAAGCCAAUCAAGAGGUGCCCGAGUGGCUCACACGAUACGCUUCACGUGCUUCAUUUGGUGGUGGUAAGAAAAAGUCUGGUGGUGGUCGGUUUGGUGGCCGUGACUUCAGAAGGGAAGGCUCUUACAGUAGAGGAGGCGGCGGAGGAGGAGGCGGCAAUGAUUACUAUGGCGGAGGAGGCUAUGGUGGUGGUGGAUAUGGUGGUGCUCCAAGCGGUGGGUAUGGUGCUGGAGUGACCAGUGCUUGGGAUUAGCCGAUUAGGCUCCCCAAUUUUUCCUC